AUGGCGGGCUUUAGUGGCAUAGAUGUUAGCUUUUGUCCUAGGACUCCGGCAGUGGCCGUCGAAACCGUGGAGACGGAGACUGAUGCUGUAGCGGAGGACAUUGAGUUCCUCUUGUCGGAGAGUUCAACCAACAAAGGGUCAAAGAAAUUGGUGAAGAAGUCGAGCAGCGGGGCGUCGAGCGUAUCAUCAGGGAUUAAAUUAGAAAACAUCAGUAAGAGCUUCAAAGGCGUCACCGUGCUCAAGGACGUGAGCUGGGAGGUGAAGAAAGGGGAAAAGGUUGGGUUGGUUGGCGUUAAUGGCGCCGGCAAGACGACUCAACUAAGGAUAAUCGCGGGUUUGGACGAGCCGGAUGCAGGGAAUUUGGUGAAGGCCAAGGAAAACAUGAAGAUUUCUUUUUUGAGCCAGGAAUUUGAGGUCUGCCUAAACAGGGUACUGAAAGAGGAGUUCUUGAGCGCAUUUAAGGAGGAGAUGGAGAUAUCUGAGAGGCUGGAGAAGGUGCAAAAGGCGAUGUAUGUAAAAUAUGAAGCGGAGAAGCGGAGAAGAGACGGAGUGAGAGGGAGUGGUAUUUUUGAGGUUAAGUUUGCAUUUGAGUGGUAG